GGGGAGAGCAGCAGGACAGAGUGGACAGAGAGGCUAAAAUGAGUUCCAAUUCGAUAAACGUUCUUGAGCUAGCUAGCACCAAGCCAGUGCUCAAUGUGCAGGAGCUCGCUCAAUCCGGCGAGGUCCCAAAGAGAUACUUCAGGCCGGAAGCCGAAGGAAAUCCGGUGGCCUACGGCGACGAUGUUGAGCUCCCAGUAAUCGAUCUAACGAAGCUCCUCGAUCCAGAGCUCAUCAAUCAGGAGGAGCUCUCAAGGCUUGGAUUUGCAUGCAGGGAGUGGGGCUUCUUCCAGCUAGUAAAUCAUGGAGUUCCAGAGGAAGUGAUAGAGAAGACAAAGGAUGAUAUUAUGAAGUUCUUCAAGCUCCCGUUGAAGGAAAAAGAGGCUGUAAAACAGUUGCCUGGACAUCUUGAAGGUUAUGGUCAGAUGUUUGUGCAUUCAGACGAACAAAAAUUAGAUUGGGGGGAUGCUCUUAUUCUGAACACCCAACCUUUUGUAAUUAGAGACAUCAGAUUUUGGCCCGCUAAUCCCACCACAUUCAGGGAUACACUGGAUGCAUACACAACAAUGAUUGCCAGAGUUGCAGACUGUCUGUAUAGAUUGAUGGCUAAAGAUUUGGGGGUUGAUCCCCAAGUGAUUCUUGAUAGUUUUGGACGUGAACAGCUGCAGGCUGUAAGGAUAAAUUACUAUCCACCAUGCAAGCAUGCUCAAAAGGUGUUGGGUCUCUCCCCACACAGCGAUGGCAAUGCAUUAACAGUGCUUCUGCAAGCAAAUGAUGUAGAUGGUCUGCAGAUUAAAAAAAAUGACAAAUGGUUUCUCAUAAAACCACAGCCAAGAGCUCUCAUCAUCAACAUUGGUGAUGCCAUGGAGAUAAUGACAAAUGGAAAGUAUAAAAGCAUAGAGCAUAGGGCCAUUAUAAAUAUGGAGGAAGAGAGGCUAUCGAUAGCUACAUUUCAUUCACCGAGCAUUGAUGCUACAUUAUGUCCUUUUCCUGGGCUCGUUAAUGCUGAAGGGGAGCUCUAUAAGACCAUAAGCGUAAAAGAAUAUACAGCAGAAUACUUUUCAAGUAAACUCAAUGGGAAGAAUGCCUUGGAGAGCAUAAAGCUAAGAAAAUGAUGGAGGGAUGAUACCUACUACAAGUUUGCUAUAAAAGUAUGACAUAAUGUAUUUUAAACUUUAUUAUUAAUAAUAAAGAAGAAACAUCGCUUGCAAGUAUUAUGUAAUAUUUCAUAAUAACUGCAUCACUUAAAUGAGAAAUAUUUUCUGACAA